AUGAAGUUCUCAUCAUGGGCCGCCGGCUUAAUAGGCGCCCUCACGCUCGUUGAUUCCGCAGCCGCAGUGCGGAUGCUUCAGGCCAAAGCCCUCUACCCUUGUAGCUCGUCCACAAAGCAAGCGCUCGCUGUGAACUCCUUCAAAAUUGGCCUCUUCCCCGACAACAAUACCGUCUCCAUCGAUUUUACCGGCGUCGCCUCCUUCUCGGGCAAGUUCUUGGUGGAUUUGACCUUGCUGGUCUACGGUUAUCCAGCCAUUCAAAAGACCCUUGACCCUUGCGAUUACCAACUUCCAGGACUAUGUCCCUUAAACACCAAAAACCUCAACUUCCCAGACAUGACCCCUUCGAUCCCGGGAGACUCGUUAUCUAUUGUCCCCAGCAUCGCUUAUACUGUUCCCGAUAUCGAUGCCGUCAUUAAGCUCGAUUUGAAGACUCCGGACGGAGAUGAGAUUACCUGCCUCGAGAGCCGGAUUACCAAUGGAAAAACCGUCGACCAAGUAGCCGUCGCAUGGGUCCUCGCCGUGAUCAUUGGUAUAGGCCUGAUUACAACCAUCGUCUUAUCGAUCUUGGGCCAUCAGAUGAUCGCAACGCAUGUUUCUUUCCGAACAUUGAUUUUACUGGGCUUUAUGCAAGCCCAGGCGAUCGCUGGUAUGAGUGCAGUCGAGUUCCCUCCCAUGGCCCAAAAUUGGACCCAACUGUUCCAAUGGACGCUGGGCAUCAUCUGCAACUCUGCGUUACAGACCGUCGCGACAUGGUUUCAACGCGCCACAGGCGGUACCCCGUCCACGUUGAUUGCUCUGGCGAAUCAAGAGUCUGUCUAUACGGCCAAGCGGUCAACUGCGACCACCAGUGGAGGAACCGAGCAGACCGUACGAGGCAUUGAACGAGUGGGAUUUGGAGCCGGUAUCGAAGCCUCAAACAUGUUUAUGACCGGCUACCUCUUCUUCUAUUUCGUGGCUGUGAUCAUCAUCAUUGUCAUCUUGUUGUUCAGAUUCGCCCUGCCGCCGAUUGCCAACAAAAUUAAGAAUGCACAACUCGAUCGCGCCGCUGGCGCCACUUCUGAAUGGCAGACUUUCAUGCGCGGCAGUCUGUAUCGGCUGGUCGCGCUAGGCUUCCCUCAGAUUUGUGUGCUCUCUAUGUGGGAACUGAUAAGCCGAGAUUCCGUGGCAGAAAUUAUCCUUGCAAUCUCCAUGUGGCUCAUCUUUACCGGCAUUCUUGCCUUUGCGACAUUCCGGGUCUUCCAGCGGGCUCAGGCUGCCAAGGCCCUGAAUGAGCACCCGGCGUACACGCUGUAUUCGGAUCUUACGACGUUGACUAAGUGGGGUUUCCUAUAUGUCAAUUAUCGAGCGACCGCGUAUUUCUUUAUCGUCCCAGUCUUGGCAUAUACUAUCAUCAAGGGGAUGGUCACCGCAUUUGCCCAGUCUGCCUGGGUUGCUCAAUCCAUCAUCCUCCUCGUGCUUGAGUUGGCCAUGAUGGUUGCUACCAUUGUCCUCCGGCCUUAUCUUGACCGAACUUCGAACGCAUUUGCCAUUACCGCAGCAGUUCUGAACUUCCUGAACUCGAUCUUCAUGCUCGUUUUCUCGAAUGUGUUCAACCAGCCCCCAAUGAUGACCGGUAUCAUGGGAGUACUUUGGUUUGUUUUCAACGCCAUCUUUACCCUGGCGCUUUUGAUCUGGCUCUUUAUCUCCUUCUACUGGGCCUUGACCCUGAAAGACCCCGAGGAGGGAAGCAAGUACAAUCGACUGUCUGAUAACCGGGAAUCCUUCCGUAUGUCGGGAAUAGAAAACCGCAUGACCACGGAGCUACUACCACUCGAAAAGACGGCCCGCGGUAUGGAUGAACGGGGGUUACAUUCUCGAUGGGGCGUGGACGAGACUUCGCAUGCCAUGUCAAACGACCAACUCAACAUGUCCCUCGCCCCGGGACGAUCUCGCUACAACAUUGAUGAAACCUCCCUGCACAGAAUUCCGAAAAAUACCCUCAACCACCGCGUUCGCCGGUUAACGACGUGUUGGAGCCUACUCUUCCUUUGA